AAAUCAUGUUUUUGGACUCAGGGGACCUUGAAACGUAUAGAAAACAUGAAAUUAGGGUACCUUAAUUUUUUUUUGGAAAGCAAUACUUUCCUUACCUAUGGUAAUAGGGCAAGGAAAGUAAAAAGGGUACUUAAAUUUAUACUUUUAUUUCUCUUAUUGUAACUUUUGUUGCUGUUUCAAAAGUGUUUCCAUUAACAAUUGAAUCAGAAUGAAUUCUCACGAGAUAUUGAAUUAAGUUUAUUUGAAUAAACUAUUUUGGAAAUGGUAGGUGGGCUAUUCAUUGAUUGAAAGUUUUUGCCAAACUUUCCUUGUUGCUGUUUUCUUGGUAACAAGAUUCGUGGUCAACGUUUAGCAUAUCGCCAAAACCAUUUAUCCUGAUUAGGUAAUUAUUGAUAAAGGAUAAUUUUGUUUAGAAAUUUGUAGCUGGCAGACCGGUUUGUGCGUAUGCAGCAAUCAGGUUUGUGCGUGUGUGUGAGUGGACUCCUUUCCAUCUCAUCUUUCUCGGUGUCUUUUUUUUUAUUGCUCACCCAUUUCUCAGGAGCACCCCGAUCCCUGAUUCUGGUGUUACAAGUUCAUUCUGUCAACGACCUGCUUCAACCUGCUAGCGGUUAUUCGCGAAUCGCAGCCGCUCAUAUAUAAACUGGCACACCCGCCGUGUCCAACCAGUCGCUUUCCUCUCAUCAUUUUGCAAACAAUCUCUGUUUCCACUACUGAACCAGGAUGGCGCGUCAACACUUCAUUCUUAUUGUAGCAGUGGCGUUGAUUUGCACAGCAAUGGCCGCCCCCGAGCCUGAACCACUGCCCCGCAACGGUGGAGGCGGCGGCGGAUACAACCACGGAGGCGGACAACAGCACCACGGAGGCGGACAUUACAACCACGGAGGCGGCGGAUACAACCAUGGAGGCGGUCACAACAACCACGGAGGCGGCCACAAUAACCACGGUGGAUACCACCACGGUUAACUUCUCAGUUCACCGUUCACCAAAAAUUUUCACACCUCUCAUCAUCAAAAACAACCCAUAAGACUUCACUUCAUUUGAAACAUUCAUAUACCUUGAGCAAACACGCACUGAUAGAUGAAAAGUUUACGAAUUAAACAGUAUUUUUAUAACAAAA